AUCAUUUCAACCUAUCAUAAGUAUACAAACAUAAUGUAAAAUCACUUGUCUGAUUGUGAAUCAAAUCACUAUUGUUUUCAUCAUUCACCAAUAUAUAAAGUGAACAACGAAUUCACCUUUCAAUAGUUUAUCCUUUAUCAUUAUUAUUAAAGAGUUAUUCAUAUAUAUAUCUAUAUUCAAUAAUAAAGACUUCAAUAUUCAAUUAUUCAUUCAUUAAUACAUUUUAAUUAAUUUUACAAUUCCAUAAUCCAAAAAGAAAAUAAAAGAAUGAAUAAUUCUGUAAUAAAAAAUGCUGAUAUGUCACAUGAAAUGCAAAAACGUGCACUUGCUAUUGGAAUGGAUUCCGUUCGAAAAUAUGAAUUAGAAAAAGAUAUAGCUGAUCAUUUAAAAAAAGAAUUUGAUACAAGAUAUGGUCCAACAUGGCAUUGUAUAGUGGGAAGAAAUUUUGGCAGUUCUGUAACACAUGAACCGGAUAGUUUCAUCUACUUUUACGUGGAGAAGUAUGCUGUACUACUUUAUAAAUCAGGAUAGAGCUUCACUAUGUUUAACUCACUUAUCAACUUAAUAACAAUGUAACUUAUGUGAAGAAAUAAUGUUUGACUUAUAAAUUGUAGUCAACUUUGUGUUAAAAUGUUAAUUUCUAUUAUUAUUAUUAUUAUUAUUAUUAUUAUUAUUAUUAUUAUUAUUAUUCAUAUAAUGAAACUGUUAAUACAAUAGUUAUACUGUCAGUAUGCUCUUUAUAUUUUAUCACUUUCUCAGAACCUUAACUUUAUUACAGAAGAACACAACUCGCAUAAAGUCUACUUAAAGUGUAGUAAUAAGGAAGGAUAGUUCUAUUUGUAUUACAUGGUACUUGUAAUCGUCUACAACUAGAUAGAAAAGAAAAACAAUGUUUUAGUACGUAUUGAAGACAUGAAUUAUAGCAUGUUUUGUGAAUGGACGAAAUUGUAAUGAUUUUAUUAACCAUCUUACAUAUUUCAGUUCAUUGAAAUGACGUUAUCUUCUAACUGAACAAUAUCUUAUUACCAUACAUUGUUCAAGGCAUGAUUUAAACUGUUUACAUAUAUUUCUGAUACGAAGAACUGUGUAGUUAUUUGAUAGCGAAUAUUUGUUGCAUGUGAUUAAGAUUUUGAAAAUCUUUUGUUCUAUGGAUUUAGUGGUUUCAUUGCUUUUAUAGACAGCAUCAUUUGUACAUAAUUUAAAAAGCAGUUAGUUGUUAGGAUUUAUCCACAGUUAACUAAUAGUUUGUUCUGAUGAUGUGGAAUUUGAUUUAUUGUUAUUCACGUGUUUUCUUCAUUUGUCAUCCCUCUGUUAUAUCCAGAUUUUAUAUUCUUAAUAUUCCGCAUAUAACUUGAGCAUUCGAACGUUAGAAGACAGAAGACCGGAGUAAGUGUUUGUUGGGCAGGAAUCAAAAUGUACAGAAAAUCAUAAGUAUUUAUAGAUAAUAUCGUUUGUUAAAUCAACUUUAUAAUCCAACUAAUCUGCGAAGAGGUCAGUAGUAGCAUGACACAUUGAGUUUUUCGAAAGAUCCUUGAUAGUUCGCCGACCAAUCCCGUUUUGCAUUCUUCUCUAGCAGGUGGUUUAGUUGAGCAGGCAUGUGAUAGAGAUUACGGAAGAACGUACCACAAUGACUGACAAAUCCCAAG